CGUCAAAGCGGCCAGGCGGGGAGGAGGAGCGCGAUCGUGCCCGUUCAGUUCUCCGGGACUCCGCGAAUAAACAAUUCCAACAGACUGAGCGGCCGCACGCAGCACACCCCCGUUCGGGCUGCGGUGGCACGAAGAAAGAGUCACUGAGGCAUUUCUGGACUAUGUUUUGAAUUGGAAAGGCCGACUCGCCGUCUCUCCCCCCCCGGUGCCGGGAGUGACAAGACGGAUGCAAGCCGUUUGCAAUGGAUUUGCCAGCCCGUCUCGAAUAUUAAUGCGCCUCUCUGGCUGGACACCGCAGGUCCCCCGAUGUGAGAUGUGCAAAGUUGCCACUGGCACCCAAGAGCCAUGGAAUGUGUAAACAUCUUUCCAGCAAUAUUCCGUGGACUCCUUAUUUUCCUCAUCCAAACAUAGAGGGAUAUAUUCUGACAGUCUGCGACAUAGAGUGUUGCCUGGAUCACCUGUAACCAUGGCUGAAUUUUCACCACAGUGGUGACUGUGUCCACCAGAGACACUGGUCACAUUAUCUGGGUACUUAAGAAGUGCAUGGCACUGUCAACCAGAUUAUUUAGUUAAUAUUUGUUUCCGUGUAGCACUGCUGAACCAUACAAGGGGAUCCUGGUAUUGAACAUGACUCAUGGGGAGGAGCCUGGCCCUGAGACACAUAAAGAUUCAGCUGUUUUAACUUAUCUGGAAGGUUUACUAAUGCAUCCAGUGGUGGCCGGGCCUGGGGCCACGGCAAGCAGGAGGUCUGAGGCUGCCCACAGCAACCAAGAUCAGGGAGACAAGGUGGGUGGUCCAUUUCAACUGCCUACUCAUGGACCCACAGCUCCCAAGGCUGGAACCAAUGGACCGACCAUCGGUGCUUCACAGCACUUGAAGAAGGCCCGCCUCUUGCGCUCUGGGACUUGGAAUGAUCCAGGCAACCAUUGUUUGAAUUCACCACCGGUGGUGCUUAAUGGCCAAGCAGGAGAGCCGAAGAAUGGGUCACAGGAGGAUUCCCCUCAUGGUGGUGAGAGUACUCUUUUGGCUUCCCUGCUUCAGUCAUUCAGUUCACGACUUCAGAAUGUGGCAAUGUCUCAGCACACAAACAAGCCACCAAGUGAAUGUUCCACUCCAUGCACUGCACCACCUGCAGAUAAGGAGCCACUCCCAGUGUAUGGGACAGCCACCAGCCGCUUGAAGGGAUUAAUGAGGAAGAGCAAACUGCAAAACCACAGCAACACCCCUUACAGUCGCCGGGGACACAGUCAUGACAGACCACCAGAAUCACCCCGAGCAGCACACAGUGCCACACCCCCUUCUGCAACAGCAGCAUCUGAAUCAGUAUCGUGUGCAGACCGUUUGAAGGCUGUUGCCAACAUGGUGAAAAUACGUUCCAGUCCAGCCCCUUCGCCCAAGCCUAGUGUUGCCUGCAGCCAGCUCGCCCUAUUGUUGUCCAGUGAAGCUCAUCUCCAGCAAUAUUCCAGAGAGCAUGCACUCAAAGCCCAGCUCUCGGGAAGAUCUGCUAGUGAAAGACUCACUGCCAUGGCAAACCAGCAACAUGGACUUGACAAAAGACCUCCUAGUGUGGGCAGAAAUUUGCCAGCGAGUCCAGAGACACUAAACUCUCUAACAACCCAAAAUGGACUGACAACGACAAACACACUAACAACAACACUCCCUCGAAUGGCCUCAUCCAGUCCACGGAGUCCCCCUAUGCUUUGCGGGCACUCCCAAAGCUCCUCACCAACUCCCCCACAUCCUCUGAGCCACAUUCACACCCAACCCCUGAAGCGAGGCUUUGACUCACGACCAACUCGACCCCCCCAAACAUGCAGCAGUUUGCUGCUGUUGCUACUCAACAACCACAACAACCAGAGGCAACUGACAAAAAAUGGACACCUGGAAGAUAGCUGUAGUGUUCUAUUCCCAAGCGGCUCUUCUUCAGUUACAUCUGAUAGUGAAUGUUCCAUCCACGAGAAAAGCCUGACCAAGGACAGCAGUGAUGCCGAGACUUCCUACUCAAGAUGUUCUCCCAUGGACCUCUCUAUGCGAAACAGGGCCAAAAAACAAGAUACAGGGCCAAAACCUUGCACCCCUUGUACCUCUUCUGCUACGUUUUCCACCCUUCCAACGUGUGUCUCCACUUCUUCCACAGUUGUUUCCUCCAAUGCAACAACGAUCUCUUGUCAUUUAUCUGUUCCACCAACUAAUGCAGUCUUUUCAGUGCCACCCAUUGGUGUCUCUUCUCCCCCCAAAACUAUUUCUUCAUAUUCCUCUUCAUCUAGUUCUACCUCCUCCUUGGAUAAACUCACAGAAUCUUUACUAAAAAAGUGGAAGCCUGAGACAACAGGAACAAACACAGUGAAGAACAAAGAGCAUGAAAUUAACCCGGACAUAAAAUCCCAAUCUAAGGUAACACUCAUGCAGCUUCUGCUUGAGCGCAGAAAUAGUGAUCUACUAAAUAAGAACACAGGUGAGGAUUUGCCACUUGAUAUAACUAUGGCCACCAUGUCUCGAAGUAAACCUAACAUUGUGUCCUGGGAGGAAUCCAGGACAAAAAGCCCAACAGAUAAGCCUGUAGUUCCAGCUCAGGCUACAAGCUCCCAUAGUCGGGACCCAGGUGGUACAUUUUCCCCCAAUCCUUCCUCUCCCCCAGUCCAGUCAAGCCCAUUGGAUUUGUGCAAGUCAAAAUCAUUCCCUGUUGAGAAGGGUUCAGAGCCCGCCUUUAGUGCCAGUAAACUGUUACAAAACUUGGCUCAAUCUGGAAUUGCUUCAUCCUCCCCACCGAUCCCAUCCAGCAAAGUGUUGGGUCAGGACCAUGAUACCAGCAGGCCCGUAUCCCUAUUGGAACGACUCAAUGCGCCAAUCAACCGGAGUACCACAGCCACGCCACUUGCUGACAUACCUGCAAGUGGCGCUCCUUUAAAUAGGAAGGAUGUGUUUCCUCCUCCCUCACAGAUAGAGAACCUUUUGGAGAGGCGCACUGUGUUGCAGCUGCUUCUAGGGGCAGGCUCAACUGCUGCUUCAGUCAGCCGCAAAGACAGACCUGAAAGGAGUGGCAGAAGGAGUGUAGAGUUGGAACGAACGAGUAAUGACAGAAGCCCCAGUGUCUCAAAUGUCUAUGAUAGCGCUGAUGUGUCCGCUGUUGAUGUAAGGGUCAAAACGGAGGAGGGGGGUGGCCCAUCGUCAGCCAUGUCUGAGGACUUAAUCAACAGAAGUCGACGGAGCGCCGUUGAAAAACGUAGCUCCCUGUCAGACGCAGACUUAAAAGCAGAACCUGGACCAGCUGAGGUUAUUGCAAAAUAUGGUCUACUUAGCCAGUUGCUUAAACAUCAGACAGCUACAUACUAUACCAGUUCUGUUGUCCAGACUGAGUCACAACCCAAACAGGUAAAAGAGGAAAGGAAAGAGUACCCUAGCCCCAGUCCUAAGAAGAGACGCUUAUGUUCCAAUCAGACUGACAGUUUGGACAAUGCCAAUUCUCCAAGAGUAUUUCAAAGGGGUGACACAAACAUUUUUACCCCUCUUGGUGCUCAGGUUGAUUCUGACAAGCAGAGGCUUCCGAAAGAAGAGUUUUCAGCCAAGAGCCCACCAAGAGAAACUUUUACCAGGGAGAGUCGCGGAUUCAAUGUGCUCAAACAGCUGCUGCUCUCUGACAACUGCCUGAAAGAGUUGUCCCAGCAGCACCGUGGAGGACCCAGCCCUUCCAAUAGUAAGUCUAAUGGCAACAUCCUCUGUCAACCUGCCCAUAACCACAGCUUCCUCCACCUGCCCAGCUGGCAUCCUCACGGUUCGCUCAACUCAGGGCUUUCAAGUAACGUCAGAACACUGCCCACACCCGCUGCAGGUGACAGCCUUAUUCCCAGCCCCCGGGUUCAUCACCAAGCACCAUGGCAAGGCACACACAAGAGAGACCCACCGACUCUUGUCAAACAGGAACCAGAGAGCCACGUUCACUGGAGUAGUCAGGAGAACGAUGAAGGCUGUGACUCAAACCCAGAUUCUCCUCGGCUGUCACGUUCCAACCCAAUCCUGUAUUACAUGUUGCAAAAGGGCAGUGUUCAGCUAAGGAAGGGAGUAAAGAAUCAGGCUGAAGGAACUCAGUCCGUCAUGAAAAUUAAAGAAGAGCCAAUCAGUGACGUGCAUGCCUUUGAACAAAGCCUGAGCUCCACUUCACAAUCACCAACCAAGCGCCAUGACAAGCACAGCCAGGACAACCAGAGGCUGACUCAGUCAUCUGAAUAGAAGUUGUAUUAUCCAAUAUGACAUGAAUAAUGAUUGAGUCUUCUUGGGUUUUUGUUUUUUUUUUGUUGGUUUUUU